GACGAAGAGCUCGGAAAGCGAGACGAUGACUACGACUUCAAAGCGACCCCGGUGGUACCGUUCAUUCCUCGAAGAUGGAGAAAGAGAUUGAUAAUAGCUGGAGUCAUUGUCGCGUUUUUCCUACUCGGACGACAUCUACUCGCUGGCCCGGAAUCGUUGAAUAUACACGACGCAGGAGGGACAAAUUCUCCACCAUCUCAUGGGCCUGCAAUUCCGCCUCCACGCGACCGACAACCAGGCGAAGAGGAGGGACCAAAGCACGUUUACAAUGGCGCAGUCAAGUAUCCUGCCUUGGGCAAGAGCUUACGCAGCAUCGCUCGCACUGCUGGACUCUCACUUCAACACCCGAACGUCUUGUUCGCUUCUUCCAUCAAGAGCAUGUCAAACUUGAUACCGAUGGCCUGCGAGAUGGCCAAUGCUAGUACCAAUUCUGUUCACCUGGCGUUGUUCGGUCGGAGCAGCCUCUCUCUCGAGGAAGUACUGAGCAUCAAUGGAGUUGAGGACUCAUGUCGAGUGCAUUGGCACGAUGCACGUCCAACAUACGCCGAGCACAGCAGCGACUUUCGCGACGAGUCGGCGAUCACAGGUGCAAUGAAGCAUAUACAUAAAUACAUAAGCCCGCAAGCUGUGAUCGUCGACGACAUCGACCAGGACGAGACGCCGUUCUCCAAGACUAUAAGGAAAGCGAGUGAAGGGCUGGGCAUAUCAUUGAUUGAGAUACCUUCGGGAAGGUAUUGGGACUUCCUUUGGAUCACCAAACUCGAUGCUCAAAGUCUGGCCAACUGGCAUCGGCCGAACAUCAAUAUCGUAAUCCGAGCACUGCCGGGCAGCUCGGGAUCUCUCUUGCGACUGCUCAAGAGCCUUGCAAAUGCAGAUUAUCGUGGAUUGAGAGUGCCGGCACUUACAAUCGAGCUCCCGUCGCAGGUCGACACCGCCCUUGCACAAUUCCUGGCAGCCUUCCCGUGGCCACGCUUUCACAGCCCUUCAGCGUCUCGUUUGUUGAACGUACGACAUCGCAUAUCGACAUCUCAGCUGAGCCCAGAACUUUCUGCGCUGCGAUUCGUUGAAUUAUUCUAUCCAAGUCACGCGGAUCAUGACAAUGUUCUUGUGUUGUCUCCUCAGGCUGAAGUCCAUCCGCUGUUCUUGCACUAUCUUUACUACCACGUCUUGGGUUACCGAUAUUCCAUCUGGUCCGGGAGUGUCGCUGGACUAUCUUUGGAUAUCCCAACAACAACGCUGGACGGCAACGGGACUAUUCGCGUGCCAGAUUUGGCCACCAUCGACGAAUCUGUGGAUCGCGAACGCAGCGACGCAAAUGCAUCCUCGCCGUUUCUGUACUACGCGCCUUCUUCCGCGGCCACUCUGUUCUUCGGCGAUGCCUGGGCCACAUUCCACGAUUUUCUCUCGAAGCGAAUACAGCUUGAGAACUCUAAGACGAAAAAGGAUGUAUCAGAAUCAGAGCCUGCUUGGAUGGAGUAUUUGCUGGAGCUGAUGAAGGUGCGUGGUUGGAACGUGCUUCAUCCGUCGACGGCUCUUGUCACUGUCCACAACGACUUGGCGCGAAUGCCGGAGGAGUUCCAACAACGCACGCCCAGCACAGAGACUAGGCGCGAGAAGCCAACUGGAGCCCUGCAAGAAGAUGCGAUCCUCACCGUUGAAAGAGCGAAGAUCCCCAACAAUCGGACUGAGCAUGAUAUCAACAGCCACCACCUCCCUCUGCAUCAAUUGCUACCCUUCGACGGCGAGUUGCAGCAAACAUGGGCAUUUCCUCGCCUGCAGUACGAUGGCUUACCAGCCACCGGGCCACAGCUCGUCAAGGCUCGAGAUCAGGCCUUGAUCGACUUCCGUAGAGUGCACGGAAAUUGC